CCAAUCAACGUAACAAUGUCGUCGAUGUCAAAGCUCCCUCUUCUUCUCUACUAUCUCUUUCUUCUCCUUCAUCUUUCCCUCGCUGAUAUAGGCACUACAAGCCAGUACAGUCCACCGUACACCCCCACGGCUUGUUUCGGGAGCGACCGUUCGCAGUUCCCGUCGAGCAAUUACUUCGCGGCGGCCGGCGAGGGGAUAUGGGACAAUGGGGCGUCUUGCGGGCGGCAGUAUUUGGUGAGCUGCAUAAGCUCGGUUUUGCCCAAAGCUUGUAAGAAAGACCAAACCAUUCAGAUAAAGAUCGUGGACAGGGCUCAAACUUCGGUUUCUAGGCCUACCAAGCCCGGAACCACAAUGGUUCUUUCUAAUGCUGCUUUUGCUGCCAUUGCCAAUCCUUCUGCUACAUCAUUAAAUAUCGAAUUUCAACAGGUGUGAAUUCAAGAGGUCUUGGCUUUAGGUUUUGGCAGACUUGGUCAAUACAUUGAAGAUGUUUCUAGAAAACUUUAGCC